AUGGUGAAAAUUGCACUAGUUCUACUUGUUGGUGUAGUUGCCCUUGUGGUGGCGAAACCAUCCCAACAAAGCCUCUCAGAGGAGGAACUCCGACAGCUCCACCAUGCGGAACGACUGUCCGAUUCGUAUCUGCUCAAGCUGUAUGAAAGGCUUUUGGAAAUAAGUCCGGUAGGCCGAGCCCCAGCAGAAACCCCUUCGGCUGAUUCCGGAAGUGACCUCGAACCGGCGGCAGGAGACCGUGACGUUCCUGAAGCAAGUGGUGAUCAGCAGCCUGAGGCUCCGGAAGCAAGUGGCGAUCAGCAACCAGCAAGCCCUGAUGUUGAAGAUGCGCCAGAAGAUCCAGCCCCAGAAGAAGAACCGUCGCAGAACGAGGAAGGACCAGAAGCGCAACCGUCGCAGGAUCAGCAACCGGAUGCGGAAGAAGUACCUGAAAAUCAAACUCCUGGAAAACCCUCAAACGAAGAGGAAGGUUCAGAUGCUCAACCAUCGAAGGACCAGCAGUCCAAUGGUGAUGCGGAUCAAGCUUCUGAGAAACCCUCAAAGGAUGGUGAACAAUCCGAACCAGCUCCAGAGAAUCCCUCCAAUAACGGCGAGGGCCCCGAAUCCCAACCACCGCAAGAUCAGCAAGCCGACAAUUCAGUAAGGCCAGAUGGUCAACACGACAGUGAGGAUGGUCCACCAAAGAACGGCGAAGAACAGGACAAGCAAGGAAAACCGGAUAACAACAAGCCACACAAGGGAGGAAAUCCUCGACCACAAACACCAAAGGGAGGUUCUGAACAUGGUCGCGUGCCGAAAUCGGACGGUGAAUCGAAGGGUGAAGGUAAGAGGCCAGCUCAUCCGGCCAAUAAGCCAUCUGGCCCGCGCCCGGAAGGACAGCGAAGAAGUCCCGGUGCGCCGGAGAAACCUAAUCAAGCCGCGGCUCCGUUGGUUCAAAUUAACGUCAACAUUGCCAAAUCUACUAAUUAA